AUGGCUGAAGAAUAUGAGAAGGAAAGUACUCAAUCGGAGGAUGAAGAAUCAACCGUGAUGGAUGGACUUAUUGAAAGUAAUUUCAAUAAAUUGAUAAAUUUGGAUUUGAUCAACACAACAACAGGUUUACCAAAAUUGCCAGUAGAUCUUUUUCCUGAUGAGGAAGAUCAAGUGGAAAUGUCUGCUCUUUUUAAGCAAGCAAUGAUCGGGGAUUGUUUAGAUAGCAUGAAGCCAUAUUGGUUUAAAUUUUCGGAAAGUGUGAAAUACAAAAUGUGGAAAAGCCUAAAUGGUGUAAAAAGUGUUGAUGCAAAAAGACAAUAUUUGAUUAAAUUAUUACAAUGCAUUCAAGUAGAAGAAGAUAGUGGAUUACUGGAUGAUAAUUGGACUCGUUGGUUGAAUGAGACGAUCACUCUCGAAUCAUCUUCAACAUCUGAACUUAGUAAUAAUGAUAUUGUUUCAUUUUCACUCAUUAACAAAUUGACACCAGAUGAAAAUACGCUACCACCCAGAGAAGUUGAAGUGAUCACAAUUGGUGAUUUGAAAAACAAAUGUGUUGAGAUGGAAGAGCAUUUGAUCAGAGAAACACGCAUUUACACACAGAAAAUUCAAGAAAAAGUGGCAGAAAUUAAUGAUAUGGAACAUAUAUUGUCAGAAAUGAAUAAUCCUGACUUAUCAAUUGAGGAAGUUGAAGAGUUGAUCAGAAAUUCGAAAGGAACAGAUGAUAAUGUUGAAGGAUUGCUCAAGAAUCUGAAAGAAUCAUAUCAAAUAUUGGAAAAAUCUAUCAAUUCAACAAAUAUGGGCAAACAAUCGAGUAGUAGAGUAACCAAGAAGAAGAAGGUUAAUCUCAUCAAGAAGAAAAUGGAACGUGAUAGAAAGGUUAGAAAGGCCGCCAAGAAGGGUAUUGCUCUCCCAAGAAAUAAACUUAAGAAGGAUCUCGGAAUUCCAAAUCUUCUUCCUGAUAAAAAGCAAAUUUUAGAAAAGAUCUAUCAAAAGAAACAAGAAGAAAAACAACAAAAGGAAAAGGACCAACUUUCAAAGAAGACCAAUAGAGUAGAAACACAAAAGGAAAAUAAUCGUCUUUCUGAAAUGGCCCAUCUUCAAUAUAUGGCCCAACGUAAACAAAUGGAAUUCAAUGCCAAGGAAGAACUUAUGAAAGAUGGUCAAGGUGAUGCAUUUGAUGCUAGAGAUAUUAAACAAGCUUCACUUUCAACAGCUUCUAAGAGAGCUUAUUAUAAGGAAUUCAAUAAGACUGUUGAAGCAAGUGAUGUUAUUAUUGAAGUUUUGGAUGCCAGAGAUCCAAUGGGUUGUAGAUGUUUGAAUAUUGAAAAGGCUAUUCUUUCUAAACAUAUGAAUAAGAAGAUUAUUCUUCUUUUGAACAAGAUUGAUAUGGUUCCACGUGAAGUUGUUACACAAUGGCUUGAAUAUUUGAGAAAGGAAUUCCCAACAAUUGCUUUCAAAUCUAAUACACAAAAACAAUCAAAGAAUCUUUCACAAGGAUCAACAGAAGAUAUGAAAGGAUGUUUGGGUGCUGAUACAUUAAUGCAAUUAUUGAAGAAUUAUGCCAGAAGCGAAGAUAUCAAAAAGUCUAUUUCAGUUGGUAUUAUUGGUUAUCCAAACGUUGGUAAGAGUUCUGUUAUCAAUUCUUUAAAGAGACAACGUGUUGCUGUUGUUGGUUCAAGACCUGGUGUCACAACUUGUGCUAAGGAAAUUCAAUUAGAUAGUAAUAUCAAACUUAUUGAUAGUCCAGGUAUUAUUUUCUCAUCAGCUUCUUUGGAUUCAGAUGUUAUUCUUCGUAAUGCUGUCAGAAUUGAACAAUUGGAAGAUACUGUGGAACCUGUUAGAAUUAUUUUGAAGAGAUGUAAACCAGAAAGACUUAUGAGGAGAUAUAAUGUUCAAGCAUUCACAACAGCAGAAGAAUUCUUGACACAAGUUGCUAAACAAAGUGGUAAAUUGUUGAAGGGAUCUAAACCAAAUAUUAAAGAAGCAGGUAAAAUUGUUUUGAGAGAUUGGAAUACAGGUAAAAUACCUUUCUAUACACUUCCACCAAAGAGAGGAGAAAGUGUUGUGGAACAAUUCAACAUGGAUAAUGCAAUGAUGCAAAUUGAUGAUUCUAAUGUUCUUAACAAAUUGACAAGUGUCAAUGAUCCAAAUAAUGAAUUUAUUCCAAUGGUUGCUUCUAAACCAAUUGAGGAUGAUGUUUUUAUCACAGUUGAUUCCGAUGAUGAAGAUGGUGAUGCUGAAAUGGGAGAUGGUGAUGAAGAAGAAGUUGAAGGAGGAUCUGAUGUUGAAAUUGAAGAUGAAGAUGAUUAAAUUAUUUAAAAAACCAAUUUUGUU